AUGAACUUAUCAGCAGUGAUGCCAGGGAUUCGAAGCUUUUCGAGUUGUCGCAAGUUAUUUUCGCGGUUUCGAUCUGCAGCGACACCAAAUGUUAAGGAGAUUGGAUUAUUGAUGCCGUUGGUGAAUGCGGAAGCUUAUAAGCCUGGACAGGUGACAUUUUUGGGGUCUCUAGGGGUGGGUGCUUGAGAAUUGGAUUCUGUAGGCGUGGCUGCUUGACGUAGGGUUUCACAAGGCGAUGAUCCUUGUUGGAGUGGAUCUAUAGGCUUGGAGCCUUGAGAAUUGGAGUUUCUUGAAGCGGCUGCUUGAGAACCAAGGGUUUGAAGCCUUGGCUACUUGACACAGAAGUUCUCAAGACGCGACUGCUUGACAAUUUGACUCUCUAGACGUGGCUGCUUGAGGUUUAAGCUCUCUAGGCGAGGUUACUUGAGACCCAGGCUCUCUAGAAGCGACUGCUUGGGAACCAGGGUUUCUAGGCUCUGCUCCUUGAGAGCUAGAUUUUCAAGCAGCGGCUAGUUGAGAACUUGAGUUUCAAGCAGCGGCUGCUUGAGAACUGAACGUUUCUAGGCGUGGCUGCUUGACAAUUGAACUAUCUAGGCGAGGCUACUUGAGAACCAGGGGUUCUAGGCUUGGCUGCUUGAAAACUAGGGUCUCUAGGCGUGGCUGCUUAACAAUUGAGCUAUCUAGGCGAGGCUACUUGAAAACUAAGGUCUCUAGGCUUAGCUGCUUGCCAGAGGGAUUCUCUAGGCGCUACUGCUUGGGAACCAGGCUCUCUAGGCUUUGCUCCUAGAUUUCAGGAUUCUAAAAAUUAGUUCUGAAAUUUCAGGAACACGAAAAGUCUGAGAAAAAAUGCAGAAUUCACUUUUUUCAGAACAAAAUCUCGAUUUUCAGCUGAAAUUCCAGAAUUUUCAGCUUCUCUGAACAUUUCAGGCUUCUCGAAAAUCUAGCAAGCCUAAGCCUAAGCCCAGAAAAGCCUAAUAAAAAAUAGUUCACGCUGAAAAUUUCAGAUUUUCAUCCAUCGAACAUUUGCCUACAAAGGUGUCAUUGUUUGCUCAUUUCCCUGUCGACUUCAUGAAAAAAAAUCCGGACAAGCGUAAGAUUUAGACUAACUAGGCUUUUCUAGGCCGAAGCCCGGGCCUUUUAGACCUGAGCCUAAUUCCAAUUUUUGCAGUGAAAAACAGCACACAACUCGUGAAUUCUAUCAAGUUUUGAUUCAUCGAAACGAUUGGAGUCAUAUGGGUUUUCCAGUUGAUAUAACAUCGUAUUUGGUGGAUGCGUCGAAUAGUAGACAUGGAGAGAAAUUGUUGACGCUGAUUAAGUGAGCUUUUUUGGGGAAAUUUGGGGGAAAAUGACCAAAAAUUCAUGAAAAAUGAUGGAUUUUGACCCGAAUUUGACUAAAAAUAGCAAAUGCGCUCUAUUGAACACUUCCCUUUUCUCUGAAAAAUUCAAAAUUCCCAAUUUUUCCAUGAAAAAUGGCGGAUUUUGACCACACCUCGGCCAAGCCGUGGCUGGCCACAGUACAAUUUUUGGAAAAAUCUGAAUUUCAGUUUUUAGAGGUCAAAAAUUGAAAAAUCACAAUUUUUAGAGGACAAAAACUGAAAAAUUCACAAUUUUUGUACUGUAAAAAGUUAGCGUAUAAUUUUUUAUAUUGGAAACCACGAUUUUGGCCGAGGUAUGAUUUUGACUCGAAAUUGACUAAAAUAGCAAAUGCGCUCUAUUGAACACUUCCCUUUUCUCUGAAAAAUUCAAAAUUCCCAAUUUUUCCAUGAAAAUGGCGGAUUUUGACUCGAAAUUGACUAAAAUAGCAAAUGCGCCCUGUCGAACUCUCAGCUUUUCUCUGACAAAUUCAAAAAAUAAUUUUUUCAUAUGAAAAUGACGGAUUUUGACUCGAAAUUGACUAAAAACAGCAAAUGCGCUCUAUUGAACACUUCCCUUUUCUCUGAAAAAUUCAAAUUUUCAUUUCUUUUGAAGCGGAAUGGGUUUCGAGCCAAAAUUCAUGAAAAAUGAUGAAUUUUGACACAAAAAUAGCAAACGCGCUCUAUUGAACUCUCCCAGUUUAUAUGAAAAAUUCAAAUUUUUAUUUUUUUUGUUUGAUGGAUUUUGAGUCAAAAAGUAGUGUUUCUCCAUGAAAAAUUAUGGAUUUUAACCCAAAAAUAGCAAACGCGCUCUAUUGAACUUUCAGCUUUUCUCUGAAAAAUACAAAAAUUCCCAAUUUUUCCAUGAAAAAUCAUGGUUUUUGACCCAAAAAUAGCAAACGCGCUCUAUUGAACUUUCCCAUUUUUUCAUGAAAAAUUCAAAUUUUCAGCGGCAUGGAUUGUGUUGGCCACGAUGACAUCAUCCCAUAUUCGCCAUACGAAAACGCAAAUCUGGAUCACGAUCUUUUCGAGCGAAUUUUCAAUGUCAAACAAAACAAUGAGCAAGGAAUCUCAAAUAUCUCAAUGAAACCCGAAUUAUUGGAAAGUUAUAAAGCAUCGAGUCGAUCCUGGUUGGCUCCACGAGAUGUUUAUCGAGAAAAAACCGAGAAUAUUGAAGUGACUGUAAUGACUUUCUAUUUGGGUGUUAAUGUGGUGAAUGGACAACAACAACAUAUGUGGAGAUAUGUUAUUAGGUGAGCGGGUCGAAAAUUUGGGGAGAAAUAUUGAAAAUUUAAAAUUGUAUCGAUUUUUUGAAGAGGCUAUGAAUCAAUCAUUAUUCAAAUUAAAUUUUAAAAAAAGUUAAUCAUCUCUUGAAACAGUGGAAAAAUUAAAUUUUCAAAAAAAUCUAGGGAUCACUAAAAGCUAGAGAUACAGAGAAGCCAGACAAUUAGGUAUCACUAGAAGGUUAGAGACGCAGAGAAAGGGAAUCUGUGAAUAUAUAAAAAAUUAAUAAUUUCUAUGAAAUUUUUAUUGUUUUUGGUGACAAAAAAAAUUCAACGAAAACCGAAAUUUCUAUUUUUGUUGAAAGAAAAAAUUCAACAAAAACCGAAAUUUCGAUUUUUGUUGAAAGAAAAAAAAUUCAACAAAAACCGAAAUUUCGAUUUUUGUUCAAAGAAAAAAAACAGAAAAGUUUUAUAGGAUUUUCAAAUUAUUCAGAAUUAUAUUCUGAACAAAAAAUCAAUAAUUAUCAAGUAACUAAAUUAAAUUUCACUUAAAAAUUAAAUUUGGAAGAACUAUGAAUUGCACCUAUUUGUGAGUUAUUAAUUCAUCCUUUUUGGAAUUGCAUUUAAAAAUUUAGGAUUUUUUUGAAACAGUGAAACUUUUUCAUGAGAAAUUAUGGAUUUUGACCCAAAAUUGCUUAACAAUAGCAAGCGCGCCCUAUUGAACUCUCCUAUUUUCUAUGAAAAAUUUCAAUUUCUUUUUUUUUCGCUUUCAGAACCUAAUCACAAUUUUCAACCUAAAUUUAUUGAUUUUUCCAAUUUUUACUAUUUUUCAAAAAUAAUUCGCUAAAAAUAUCACUUUUUCGAAUAUUCUUGGAAAACUAAUGGGAAUUUUGAAACAGUGAAAAAAUUUUUCCAUGAAAAAUGAUGGAUUUUGACCCAAAAUUGACUAAAAAUAGCAAACGCGCCCUAUUGAGCUCUCCUAUUUUUUAUGAAAUUUUGGAAAUUUUUUGAAACAGUGAAUUUAAUUACAAUUUACAACCUAAAUUUAUAGAUUUUUCCAAUUUUUACUGUUUCAAAAACUGAUUUGCUUAAUUUAUCAUUUUUUGAAUAUUGUUAGAGAAUUAGUAAAAAUUUUGAAACAGUGAAAAAUUUUUCCAUGAAAAAUUGUGGAUUUUGACCCAAAAUUGUCUGAAAAUAGCAAAUGCGCCCUAUUGAGCUCUCCUAUUUUAUAUGAAAUUUUGGAAAUUUUUUGAAACAGUGAAUUUAAUCAAUAUUUUCAACCUAAAUUUAUUGAUUUUUCAAAUUUUACCGGUUUUUCAAAAAGAAUUCGACAACUUCAUCACUUUUCGAAUAUUGUUAGAAAACUAAAGGGAAUUUUGAAACAGUGAAAAAAUUUCCCAUGAAAAUUGAUGGAUUUUGACUAAAAAUUGACUAAAAAUAGCAAACGCGCCCCAUUGAACUCUCCCCGUUUUUCUGAAAAAUUCGAAUUUUUAUUUUUUACUUAAAUAAAUUUGGGAUUUUUUUUGAAACAGUGAAUUUAAUCACAAUUUUUAACCUAAAUUUAUAGAUUUUUCCAAUUUUUACUGUUUCCAAAGAUCACAAGAAACAUAUCACUUUUUGAAUAUUGUUAGAAAACUAAUGAAAAUUUUGAAACAGUGAAAAUUUUCCAUGAAAAUUGAUGGAUUUUGACCCAAAAUUGACUGAAAAUAGCAAACGCGCCCCAUUGAACUCUCCUCUUUUCUCCAGAAAAUUCAAAUUUCUUGCAGAAUCGAAAACAAGACUCCAGAACACGGUGUAAUUCUAAGAGAGAGGCAAUUGAAAGUGUAUUCACUGAACAAUAUGAAUCAAAUGCACGGACAUGGAGUUGUUGGAAAACAGCCGGAAUUAAACGUGGUUUCGCCGGCGUUUCAGUUUAGUAGCACAAUUGAGUUGAAACAUUCGAAGGGAGGACAUAUGUGGUGAGUUGGGAAUUUUUUCUAGGCUUUUUAGGCUCAUCCUAGGCUUGUUUGGACUCAUUUUAAAGCUCUAAUUCGGGCCUAAGAAUAAGGCUUAAUUUAGGAUUAAUUAUAUUCACUUUGAAGCCUAAAUAUAGGCCCGAUUCAGCCUUUUCUCGGAUUGUUUUUCAAAAUCACGAACGAUCAGUAAAUUGAUUUUGUAGAAAAAUUGAGAAAUCAAUAUGAAUAUUUUGAAACGUAAAAAUUUGGGGUUUUGAAAAAAUUGAAUUUUUUCCUGAAAAUUAGGCCCAUCCUAGGCUUGUUUAGACUCAUUUUAAUGCUCUUAUUCAGGCCUAAAGCUAGAAGCUAGUUCAGGCCUAAUAUAGGCCCGAUUCAGGCUUAUUUCGGAGGAUUUUCAGGUCUAAAAUUUGGGGAUUUAUUCUAAUUGUUUUUAUUAAAAUUCCUGAAAUUUAUUAUGAAUUUUUUGAAACAGUGGAUUAUUUUUGAUAUUCUUGAAUUUUAGAAUUUUUCAAAAAAUCUGAAAAAUAUCAUUCAAAUCUUGAAAUGUAAGCCCAUCCUAGGCUUAUUAAGAUUCAUUUUAAAGCUCUAAUUCAGGCCUAAAAAUAAGGCCCAAUCUAGGCGUAUUUAGGUUAAUCUGAAAGCUCACAUUCAGGCUUGUUUAGGCUUUAUCUAGGCUUUGUUUCAUGAGCUUCGAACUUUCUAGAAAAUGUUUUUGAAAUUAAAAAUCCUCUCUGAAAUUAUAGCAGCUCAAAUCAGUUGCAGUGUUCUAAUGAUCAAAUUUUUCACAGUUUUUAUUUAACUUUUGAGCUUCUCCUUCAAUUUUCAGCCAAAAUGAUCAAAAUUACUGGAAAAAACUGCUAGAAUUUCAAUUUUCCCCACCAAAAAUCCAUUUUUCCAGGGGCCGCUUCAAAAUGGAACGUGAAAACGGCGUGAUCUUCGACGUUCACAUCCCAACAAUAGUCCUCGAAUCCACAGAUGAUGUCGUCACUGAAAAAUCCACCACAACUCCGAAUCCCAACCCAAAUCCGGAUCAAGCUUAG